GGGCGCUAGCUCAACUUAGUGUCCCGGACGCCAGAGCCGACUGAGCGCUCGGCCCGCCGGCGGCGGGCACGGGCUCUGCCGCUCCGGACCUCGGCGACAGAGCAAAUCAGUUUCCAGGAGUGCCAAGUGAAGUUGUACGUGUGCCCGUGUGAUAACGUCAGUGUAAGCUACCCCGAAUAAGUGAGGGAAAUCCAGAAGUGUGGAGUACAAAAAGCCAGUUCUGGGCUUGAGCAUCUUGCAGAAAACGAGACGACACAGCUGCUGUUCCAUCUACAUCCCAGUCGAGUCUCCCUACAAAACUGGGGGGUCCGGGAAACUCUGAGCCUGUGACCCCAGCGUGGGAGAGAAUAGGAUCAAGAUGGCCAUGUGGCAGGGAGCCAUGGAUAACAGAGGCUUUCAGCAGGGGAGUUUCAAUAGCUUCCAGAGCAGCUCCAGUGAUGAGGACUUGAUGGACAUACCAGGGACAGCUAUGGAUUUCUCCAUGAGAGAUGAUGUUCCUCCCUUAGAUGGAGAAAUAGAAGAGGACAAGUCAUACAAUGGUGGAGGAAUAGGUUCUUCAAAUAGGAUGAUGGACUUCUUGGAGGAGCCAAUCCCUGGUGUGGGGACCUAUGAUGAUUUCAAUACAAUUGAUUGGGUGAGAGAGAAGUCUCGAGACCGGGAUAGGCACCGAGAGAUUACCAAUAAAAGCAAGGAGUCAACAUGGGCCUUAAUUCACAGUGUGAGCGAUGCUUUUUCUGGCUGGUUGUUGAUGCUACUUAUUGGGCUUUUAUCAGGUUCCCUAGCUGGCUUGAUAGACAUCUCUGCUCAUUGGAUGACAGACUUAAAAGAAGGUAUAUGCACAGGGGGAAUCUGGUUUAACCAUGAACACUGUUGCUGGAACUCCCAGCACGUCACCUUUGAAGACAGAGACAAAUGCCCAGAGUGGAAUAGCUGGUCCCAGCUUAUCAUCAGCACGAAUGAGGGAGCCUUUGCUUACAUAGUCAAUUACUUCAUGUAUGUCCUCUGGGCUCUCCUAUUUGCCUUCCUUGCCGUAUCUCUUGUCAAGGUGUUCGCACCGUACGCCUGUGGCUCCGGAAUCCCUGAGAUAAAAACUAUCUUGAGUGGUUUCAUUAUUAGGGGCUAUUUGGGUAAGUGGACCCUGAUUAUCAAAACCAUAACACUGGUGCUGGCAGUGUCAUCUGGCCUGAGCUUGGGCAAAGAGGGCCCCCUAGUGCACGUGGCUUGCUGCUGUGGGAACAUCCUGUGCCACUGCUUCAACAAAUACAGGAAGAAUGAAGCCAAACGCAGAGAGGUCUUGUCAGCUGCAGCUGCAGCCGGUGUAUCUGUAGCCUUUGGGGCACCUAUUGGCGGAGUAUUAUUCAGCCUAGAAGAGGUCAGCUACUACUUUCCCCUCAAAACACUGUGGCGUUCGUUUUUUGCUGCUUUAGUGGCAGCAUUCACUCUACGCUCCAUCAAUCCGUUUGGGAACAGCCGCCUGGUUCUAUUUUAUGUGGAGUUUCACACCCCAUGGCAUCUCUUUGAGCUCGUGCCCUUCAUUCUGUUGGGCAUAUUUGGUGGUCUGUGGGGAGCUUUGUUUAUCCGCACCAAUAUUGCCUGGUGUCGGAAGCGUAAGACCACCCAGUUGGGCAAGUAUCCUGUCAUAGAGGUACUCGUCAUGACGGCCAUCACUGCCAUCCUGGCUUUCCCCAAUGAGUACACCCGUAUGAGCACAAGUGAGCUCAUUUCUGAGCUGUUCAAUGACUGUGGCCUUCUGGACUCCUCUAAGCUCUGUGAUUAUGAGAACCGUUUCAACACAAGCAAGGCGGGUGAGCUGCCCGACAGACCAGCUGGUGUGGGAGUCUACAGCGCAAUGUGGCAGCUGGCCUUGACACUCAUACUGAAAAUUGUCAUCACUAUAUUCACUUUUGGCAUGAAGAUCCCUUCUGGCCUCUUUAUCCCUAGCAUGGCUGUUGGUGCUAUAGCGGGUCGGCUUUUGGGAGUAGGGAUGGAACAGCUGGCUUAUUACCACCAUGACUGGGCCAUCUUCAAUAGCUGGUGCAGUCAAGGAGCGGAUUGUAUCACCCCUGGCCUUUAUGCGAUGGUUGGGGCUGCAGCCUGCUUGGGCGGGGUGACUCGGAUGACUGUUUCUCUUGUUGUCAUAAUGUUUGAACUAACUGGUGGCUUGGAAUACAUUGUGCCUCUGAUGGCCGCAGCCAUGACAAGCAAGUGGGUGGCAGAUGCUCUUGGGCGGGAGGGCAUCUAUGAUGCCCACAUCCGUCUCAAUGGAUACCCCUUUCUUGAAGCCAAAGAAGAGUUUGCUCACAAGACCCUGGCAAUGGAUGUGAUGAAACCCCGGAGAAAUGAUCCUUUGUUGACUGUCCUUACUCAGGACAGUAUGACCGUGGAAGACGUAGAGACCAUAAUCAGUGAAACCACUUACAGUGGCUUCCCAGUUGUGGUGUCCCGGGAGUCCCAAAGACUUGUGGGUUUUGUCCUCCGAAGAGACCUCAUUAUUUCAAUUGAAAAUGCUCGAAAAAAACAGGAUGGAGUUGUGAGCACUUCUGUCAUUUAUUUCACCGAGCAUUCUCCUCCAGUGCCACCAUACACCCCACCUACCCUCAAGCUUCGGAACAUCCUGGAUCUCAGCCCCUUCACUGUGACUGACCUUACACCCAUGGAGAUCGUGGUAGAUAUCUUCCGCAAGCUGGGACUGCGGCAGUGCCUGGUUACACACAAUGGGCGAUUGCUUGGAAUCAUUACCAAAAAGGAUGUGCUAAAGCAUAUAGCACAGAUGGCGAACCAAGAUCCUGAUUCCAUUCUCUUCAACUAGAAUCACAGGGUUGUACUGGAUAUAAAACAGGAAGGACAUUGCAGACCAUGGAUAUAUUUUAUUAACUGGGCUCUGUUUUUGAUUUGAGACAGAUGAGCCAGUGUUCAGGUGCUACUUCAGAGAAUAAAUUCAAGAAAUCAGAUAACACUGUGCCAAGAUCUGUGAUGUAAAGAAUUAAAGAAGCCGAAAUAGUUAAGGCAUGAUUAGUUACGCCACUGCCAGAAGCAGGGGACUGAACAAGCAAAAUAAUGGCCACUUUUAAGAUCACUUCUAUUUGGAUGUACGUUCAGACACUCCCCCUCUUUUCUGGCUCUGGUGUCCUUCAGGCUCAGCCCAGCUGUGGAGUAGAGGUGGUAUAAUCCACAGAGCAGAUAUCCUCUGGUGGAUAAUCUGACAUUGAUGGUACUUUGGAUUUGCCAGCUGGCAGAGCAGUCGAUUAAUUUGCUGAUGGAACUGCAAAGCAGUUCCGUUGUUUUGGCACCAGAGGCUGAAUCUGAACCCUUUACAGGAAGAGCAGAGAAGAAGCAUAAAUGUCUCUAGCAAGUCUUCAGUUGUGCUUGAACACAAGAAUGAUAAAGUAAUGGGGACUUUGUGUGGUCUAAGGCUGUGAAGUAAUUCUUAACUAUGAAUUUAUGAACCCAUUCAGGUGUCGGGGGAGCAAAUGUGUUUUUUAAAACAGCGUGCAAGAGAGUCGAUCAGGGAAUGUAAUCACUGCUGUAUGUUUUAAGUAUUUGGAUCACCUGUCCCAGUUGGAUCCUGACCUUGAUUUGUUUAGUUAGGUGAUGAGUAGGAAGGUAUACUUGUUACCCCACAGUAUCUUUUGGUUUUAUUUUUUAAUAAAUCACAAGGAGUGCAGUUUUUGAAGUUGAGUUUUUAAUAAAUGAUAGUGAAGACAGUUGAAAAUUUGACAUGACCAGUGUGUUUUAUAUUGCCAGAGUACUUACUGAUGACUGACCACAUUGUAUUGUGAGGAAUCGGUUUACUUUCACUGGAUCAGAGCCAAACGCAGGCCACUCAUCUGUUCAGAGAAAGCAGGAGAGCAUCUUUCAUGGUGGUGCAUAGAGUAUUGAGCUCUUAAAAACUCUGAGAAAAAAUGAGGAGUUCAGAAAGUAAAGGGGAGGUGAAAUAUUGAGUCCUUAAAAAAAAGGUGUCUAAAUAUGUGGUCUGAACUUCAGUGUCCGACGACCUUGAUUUUUUUUUUUAACCACCUCUGGGAUAACCUGGAUUCCCUUUGGAGAGAGAAUGGAAAGUUAUGGCAGUGGAAAAAGCCUAGUAAGCAAGUAUACGAGUUCUUGUAAGAUGGUGGGAGGAAGGCCAUUCCAUGCCCCAAGCCAAACACCCCGACAUUUAUAAACUGCUUGAUCAUGUGCCUCAAGGAGAGAAAAAAUUAGUAGUCUACCAAAGACCAGGCUUUCCAAGCAACCAAGAGGCUCAAAGCAGCAUUUGGUGGAGGCAGUCUACUUUUGUGGAGAGGGCUGACCCAAGACCAGACCCUCUUGCGGAGGAGGGCAGCGUCUACUGCCAUUGCCUAAGUGAUAAGCUUUAGGUAGCUUAUCUUGAAUUUUGAUAGCAAAAUAUUUUAAAAAUCUAUAUUGUUAGCCUCCCUGGUAUGUACUUAUUGUAGAUUAAAAAGAAAAAGGUGAGGCUUUCUCAGAGCUCAGGGAGCUGUGUAAAUUUGACCUGUGGUAACCACUGAGCUGUGCUCAGCCUCAAUUUUGGUUGCUUGCCCCAAGGGGAAGAGUUCCUGGACUAGUAGGUGUUAGCAACUUCAAGUUACUCCCUAAAUGUUUGCUGGUCACAGUCUCAUUUCUAAACAUCUGCAUCUCGGCAAAGUUUUGAAGUGAUGUAGGGAGCAAAAUCGGUUUUUCCACCUUGUAGUCUGAUUUUGCCAAAUCACCCAAGAAAGAAAGAAGGUCUAUGAUGUGCGGAGUUUGCGUUUCUUGGAUGGGACCUAUCAGGUCAUCCAGCCCAAUCCCGCAGUCUUAAAUUCCUACCUCUAAGUUCCUGCCAAAGGGUCUUCAGCCUCUGGGUGCACACUCGUUGAAUGAAUGCCUUGCUUAAAGUUUGGCCUUUUAAGGGGAAGAAAGUGUGUGAUGGUAUAAAAAUAUGAGGGUUUAAAUAAAUGAUCUCUGCCUCUCCUCCUCUUUCCUCCCCACCCCUGUCUCUCUGUCUCUCCUCACCCCAAUACCCUGAAUUCAAAAAAUUUUCUCAGUUACUCUAAGUGUAUUAUUUUGAAUGUGGACCUUGGGGAGGGAGAGGAUCAUUCUGAGAGUAGAGAAUGGAAGAUACUUCUGAGUUGAUGGAACCAGUGGGGCUUUGCUCCACUGUAGGGGCUAAAGCCAAUGGUAUCUGUUGGCAGUGUCCAGGGCUUUAGCAUCUUAAUGCAGACAUGUGAAGUAUUCAUUGCUAAACCUUGUUAUCAUCUACUAGUCCAAAUCUGUUGAAAGUCAGAGGCGGUCUAGGGUUUGAUGAGUGAAAUGCCACCUGGCAGAAUGGAGAUAAGGGAAUGGCCCGAGAUGGUUUUGUCAGGGUAGGAAUGUUUAGCCUCAUUAUCUUAUUGAGUGUACCUCAAAUAUAUGGUCCUUCAAGAGUGUUCCUUUUCCCUCCUCCAUUUCACUUUAUCCCUUCUCUCUCUUUCCCAUUGUCCCGCCUUUUUAGCACUCAGAUUUUAAUAAAUAUUUACUUUUUAUUAUAUAUUUGGUCCCUUGGGACUAUGUAAUGAUUAAGAAUUAAUUUCAUUCUAGGUAAAAAAAAAUGAUGUGUUUAAUAUUUUGUUCUUUUAAACUGUCUUUUGAAGCUAUGCUGCUAACCAGGUACAGGCCAGAAAGGAGUUGGGCUUGACGGACAGCACCCUGGUCAUGUCACCUAAGGAUGCCAUUGAUGUAAUGAUGGUGACUCUUCUUCAUUUGACCAAGGCCAGCCUCCUGCUCUUACCUCUGUCCAUUCAUUUCUGGCUGUGGGAAAAAUACCACCUGUCAGGUGAGCCAGUGAGGCCAGGAGGAUCAGAGGGGCCGCCGGUUCCAGCCCAUGGACCACUAUAUGAAUGUCUCUGUAAUAAGCUCAUUUGUAGGGCCGGCUCCAACUGCAGUAGCCAAAGAAAACCUGUCUGACUCGACAUUUUAGUUCCCGAGAGUUGGUAAAAGUUCAACCGAAGCUAAGGUAUAGACAUUAGCAGUAGCUAGGCGUCCAGAAACUAGAGUCAACUAAAGCUAAUAGAGUUUCCACAGGAAACUUGGUGCUGAGCUGUUCAGAGCAAUUAUUUAUCUGAGUGUUGCCAACCCUUUAGUCACGCUUUCUUAGCUUUAUUCUAACUUUUAGAGACAUUGGUCCCUGUUCAUAGGCACAGCCUGUACCAAAGCUGUGGCUCACUGCACAGUUCAUUCUGCUCCCUGGUCAAGCAUAGGAACAUAGUCCAAAAAGGAAGAUGUGGGCUGGGGAGUUAGGAGACCUGGUUUCUGUUCCCUAUGCUUCUACUAACUAGCCUCGAGAUCUUAACCGCUCUGUGCCUCAGUGUUCCCAUCUGCAAAAUGGGGAUAGUGUUAAUUGCCCUACCUACCUCACAGGGUUGUUGUGAGGAUAAACUGAGACAAUGAAAGGAAAGUACUUUGACAAGUAAGUGCUAUGCAAAUUGUAAGAAAAGGAAACAAUCACGUUAAAGGCAAUGGAAUGGACUUUGGCAGAAAGGUUAAUGGGAUUGUCCAGCCCUUUCUCUGUGUGGCUUAAACCCAGGUCGCCAUUGCUUUAUACAUUUUUCACUUAGCACAGAUUUGUAAUUAUGCAUGUAAUAAAGCACAGCCUUAUCCAA